AUGGCGGAGGUGGGGGGCGUUUUUGCCUCCUUGGACUGGGACCUGCACGGCUUCUCCUCGUCUCUGGGGAACGUGCCCUUAGCUGACUCCCCGGGUUUCCUGAACGAGCGCCUGGGCCAGAUCGAGGGGAAGCUGCAGCGCGGCUCGCCCACAGACUUCGCCCACUUGAAGGGUAUCCUGCGGCGCCGCCAGCUCUACUGCCGCACAGGCUUCCACCUGGAGAUCUUCCCCAACGGCACGGUGCACGGCACCCGCCACGACCACAGCCGCUUCGGAAUUCUGGAAUUUAUCAGCUUGGCUGUGGGGCUGAUCAGCAUCCGAGGAGUGGACUCUGGCCUGUACCUAGGAAUGAAUGAGCGAGGGGAGCUGUAUGGAUCGAAGAAACUCACACGUGAAUGUGUUUUCCGGGAACAAUUUGAAGAAAACUGGUACAACACCUAUGCCUCCACCUUGUACAAACACUCGGACUCGGAAAGACAGUAUUAUGUGGCCCUGAAUAAAGACGGCUCACCCCGGGAGGGAUACAGGACUAAACGACACCAGAAAUUCACUCACUUUUUACCCAGGCCAGUAGAUCCUUCUAAGUUGCCCUCCAUGUCCAGAGACCUCUUCCGCUAUAGGUAAUGGACCUCUAGUGCCACCUCUGUGACCCAUGUACUCUGUGGCCAUGGUUGGCUCUGCAAACACUAUACUCGUAGCUUUUCAA